AUGAUCGACUUUUUGAGGUCCAAAUAUGAAGAGGCACUUUCGCACGCAGAUCCGCGAGUUGCAAAAUACCCGCUGAUGGAUAACCCCUUGUGGAAUACAGUGUCGGUGUUACUGUAUCUUUAUAUCGUGUAUUAUGGCGGCCCAUCGUUCAUGAAGAACAGAAAGCCCUUCGAAUUUCGCAGAUUUCUUUUUCUUUACAACAUGGCUCUUGUUGCGCUUUCCGGAUGGAUGUUUUACGAGUUCGGCGCUGCUGGUUGGUGGAACGGCUAUUCUUUCGAAUGCGAAGAGUACAGUAAGGAAGACCCAGUAAACGAGAGGAUGAUCCGAGUUUCUUGGGUCUUUUGGAUUUCCAAACACAUCGAAUUCUUCGACACGUAUUUUUUCAUUUUGAAGCAAAAAUGGAAUCAAGUAUCAACCCUUCACGUGGUGCACCACACUUUGAUGGCUUACACUUGGUGGUGGGGAGUUAAAAUUUCACCCGGCGGAUUGGGUACCUUCCACGCUUGGGUCAACUGCCUGGUGCAUUUUGUCAUGUACUUCUAUUACGGAAUGAGUGCGUUGGGACCAGAAUACAGAAAAUAUCUUUGGUGGAAGAAGUACCUCACUACCUUUCAAAUGACCCAAUUCGUCAUCGUCGUCGGUCACAUGGCAAACAUCAUGAUCCGCUUCCCAAGUUGCAGCUAUCCAGGUCCGUUCAAGAUGAUCAUCGCGCUCUACGGAAUCCUAUUUUUCUACCUCUUUGCUGGCUUCUGGGUCCAAGCUUAUUCCAAGCCCAAGAGUAUCAAGCCAAAGAGCAACUAG